UUUAUUAACUGUCAAACAAGGAAAAAUAACCAUACUUGAAAAAUUGAUUUUUUUCUUCUGCGUGAAAAGUGUUUAAAAUUUUACAAUUAAUUGGCUGAAAAGUGUUCAAAAUCAUGAAAAAUUUAUAAUGCGCGCGAUUAAAGAUAUUCCUCAACCAUGAAUACCACAGAUUGUGAGAAAAUUGUGUGUAAAUUUGCCAAAGAACUACAAUUCGAGGCAAAGAAAUUUGACGAAGGCUUUGUUGAACAAAGCAAAGAAGAUGUUGUCCUGUUAACACUAGGCGAAGGAGGUGGUGGCGAUGGAGAGGCACGCAGAGACAAGGUUGAUGACGACGACACAUUUAUGACCACAAAAGAAGACCUCGAAACGAAGGCACAACAAACGCAAUUGGCAGGAGAUACUUUGAAGAUUGUUGAGAGUAGCAGCUGUUGUGAAAAUUCCAAGGGAAAGGAAGAUGAAACCGCUUUAGAGGACUUUGCCAACUUUUCCGAAAUGGUAACACAUUGUGAACUUCCCAAAUCAACAGAUUUAAGCACAACUGUUGUACUCUCACCACCACCACCACCACAACCACCCGCACCACCGCAGCAGCAAACAGAGACAAAUGACAACCAAACUCUUGAUGGUUCUUUGGAGUUUUCUCCUGGGGAUUUUGAUGACUCCUUACAGCCUUUAAGUGAACGUUGGUCUCCACUUGGAGCCAAUUACGAUGAUGCUGUUACCCCCUCCUCGGAACUGCUUAGUCCAGAAUCCGAAUUGGAACUAUUAAGUCAAUCAGAUGUCAGUCAAGAAAAACAAGAUUUCUCCCAUAAUGGUGACGAUCCGGCCGAAGUUGCACGCCUAAAGACAUUGGAAGAGGAGCAGGAAAUGCUUACAUCCUCUUUAAUGGCUUUGACUUCACACUUUGCCCAUGUUCAGUUGAGAGUACGUCAGAUUGUGGAAGCUCCUCCCCAUGAGAGGGAUCAGUUGCUGAAAGAUUUAGAGGAAUUUGCUUUUCAAGGUAUUCCCGAUCAGUCAAACAUUUCCUCCCUUAGCCGGACAGCAAGUCGCUGUGGUUCUUCUCUGCGAAAUCACACCGAGGAUGGUCAGGUGGACAAACGACAGUUCGAGUUGAUUGAACAACUAAAAACUCAGCUAACUGAAUUGGAAAAAAUAGCCUAUGAAUCGGGAGCACCUGUUCUGCCACAACAUAUCCUUUUGGAAAAGCAAAAAAUCAUUAUUGAUGAAUUAAAAACCAAACUCAAUUUUAAGGUAGAUGAACAAAAAUUACCCGAGCUUACCGCCGAAGAACUCAAGUCGCAAGUAGACAAUGCCAUUGGAGAAUUUGUGGGUCCCCUGAAAAUGAAGGAACAAUUGGUGGCCCAAUUGAAAACACAAAUAACUGAUUUGGAACGAUUCAUUGCAUUCCUGCAAUGUGAUACAGAUGAGAGUAAAUUGAAAACCCUGACCACAGGUGGUGAGAAAUUAAGUGAAGCCUACAACAGUUAUUCGGCAAAAAAGAAAAAGGAUUCACUGAAACCCAAAGAGCCGAAGGCAGCAUUAGUAAAUGGUGAUGAUAAAACUGAGGAUUGUCGGGCUAAUCCUGCUACAUCGGCGGCAACACGUGAAAGCCUUCACCACAAGGCCCAUAGUUUAAUGGACAAAGCUUCGUUGCUAAUGCAAAUGUUUGCCACAACCCAUUUCGGUGCCAAGCCUGAAGAAUUCCAAAAGAAUACCCUGAAGAAAACAAACAAAGGAAAUCAUUGGGGCGAUUUGCGUGCCCAGUUGGAAGUGGAUAUUCAAGAGGUCGCCUCGUUGGCAGCAACAUUAAAUUUUGAUCGUGAAAAACUGGCAAAAUUACGCAAAUCGAUGAAAAAAGCCAAAUCGGCAGAUGUUGCCACCAGUCAACCGACAACAUCAGCUUCAAAUGGUAUGCUGACGACAAUCCCUCCACGUGCAGCACGAAAUGGCAUUAAAGCGAAUUAUCGCAAUCAAUUGAAACCCUAUCAAGUUUCAUCCGAUUCCGAUGAUGAUGACUAUGACAUGAACGAUUACUAUAACUGGCAACAACAGAAUAGUCGUAGAAUGGCCCACUGUGCCCGUAUACGUGGUGAUACCAUUAACACACUCAACAAGGAGCUAACUACAGCUGUGAGGAAAAACUUUGCCAUGACACUGUUGAAACUGAUUCAACAUGGCCUAAGGGUAGAGUCUUCACCGCAAAUGACUUCUAGUCUUAUUGUACCUUUCAUGCGCUGCCUUAAUCCGUCCCCUGUUUUUAUGGCCGAACAUAAUUUUCGGGCACGUGACUGUGAUGCUGGUUCAUUUUUGUCAUCGUCGUCGGCUUCUUCUGCGGCAGCAUUUGGUUAUGAUGAUGUUGAGGGUAUGGACACAAGUGGCAUUUGGCCAGAUGCAGAUAAUGGUGGCAAUGGUGGAAUAUUCUCUACCGGAAACACAAGGCCCAUGCAUGCUUGGGAAUUAAUAUUGGAAUAUUAUUAUUUGAAACAUGGCGAUGAAUACAACAAUACGCCAGCUCGAAAGCUUUCGCAAAGUUUUAAUUUGGAUAUUGUCAAUUCCCAGGCAGUAACAUCUAAACAAAAUCUGUUGAGUACCGUGGGCACAAUUAUUGCCAUGCAUCGUCCCUAUAAGAGAAGUUAUAAUGCCCAUUUCAAGGCAUUCGUGUGUGCUGGACUAAAUUCUCAUCAGUUGGUGGAGUGGUUAAAUCUUAUCUUUAGCUGUAACGAUUUGUUGGAUAAUUAUUAUAUGACCAAUAGCUAUGUGGCCUGUACUGGAUUUCGCGAUGCUUUACGUUCAAUUGAUGUCUUAACCAAAUAUGACUUUGAUUUACCAGUUGAUUUGGCUGUGCGACAUUUUCGUAAUCUUUAAAUGUAUUUAUUUUAAAUAUGUUUUCAUCCGUUUGUAUUUGAAAUUGGAAAUUGAGAUGAAGUUCAGCGCAAUGCGGUUCUAUUGGUUUAAAACUGAAGAAGAUACCACGUUACACAUUGCCACGGCUUCUUUUAUGAACUCCACCAGAAAUUGCAGGGUGUUAUGAUUUCGUUAUUUCAUCUCUGGCUUAUUUAGAUUCUAAUUUCAUACCCCAUAAUAUUAUUUUGAAAAAAUUUUUAUUAUUUUUUCAACAAUUAACUUUUUCCUAUAAGAUUUAAAAUUGAAUAUUCAGGAAUUUCUAACUUAUAUUAAUUUUAGAAGGAAUAUCUCAAUUUUUUCAUAUCAAUUCAUUCCAUUUUUUUACAAACGGAUUGAAAAUGUUUUUCCUUUCCUUAUAAGCUAAUGUGCAAUAUUGAAAAAAAGUAUCAGCUAUGAACGGAUUUAUUAAUGGAUGUUUAGGUUAACUAACAUAAAUAUUUAAUAACAAUUUUUUUUUUGAUUUAAGGUAUAAAAUAUUCCACAAUUUAAAAAAAAAUAGUAAAAAAUAAUCCCAAUCUCAUAUAAACAAAUAUUUAUAUGUAUAUUAAAAUAUAUAUGAUACUAGAACGCUCUAGAACUAAUUUAUUUUGUUUUUAAAUGUACAUUUUAUUGAAACAAAAAAAAAAAUCAACAAAACGAAACAACAUGGGCCCAUGCCAAGCCCACAAUUUUUGCCCAUUUUCUAUCCAUUUACAUACACAACUACAUAUAUACCCUACAUACAUGCAUAUUAAUACAUAAUUAUAUGUAUGAACUUAUAUUUAAAUGUAUUAUAGCAAAAAUCCAAAUCCCUUUGAUCUUUUUUUUAAUCCUCAAAUUAAAAAAAAUAAUUAAAAUAAAUUCAAU